GUUGUUUCACAGCUGCCAAUAGAAACGAAGAAACGUUGCCAUGGCGGCCCGGCUCUCGCGACACCUUGCUUGCAGACGGCACUCCAUCCGGCCGCUGCAACGAAGGGCUGCUGCGGGGCCAAGCAAUGUUCAUCAGUUUGCGCAGGAGGGAUUCUCUCGCAUGUCUGAGUAUGAGAAGGGUCGGCCCACGUAUCCCAGCUCUGCAACAAAACUUCUGGACAGAAUCUUCACCAAAAAUCUUGGCGCUUCCACGGUGGUGGAUCUCGGUGCUGGCACGGGGAAAUGGACCUCAACGUUGGUGAACUAUUUCCAAGGGCCCAACACGACCGCGGCAAAGUUCCAGGUCCAUGCUGUGGAGCCCGUGGUGAACUUCCGCGAAGUGCUGCGCAGCAAGUUCUCGAGCUGCAACGAAGUCGUUGUGCACGAUGGUAGCGCCAAGGACUUGACGCGCCUUUUCCGCCCCGGAAGCAUCAAUGCGAUUUCCGUGGCCACUGCUUUCCAUUGGUUCGCGACAGAGGAGGUUCUACAGCAGUUCUGCGACGUUUUGAAGCCGCAGGGCUGGGUCUACUUGAUUUGGAACGUGCAGGUGUACGACCUGGAGCCGGAGCUGCGCCAUCACUAUCCCGAGAUCGAUGAACGCAACGAGCAGUUUCUGCGCGCUUUGAAGCGCAAAGUGGUGAACACCUACCACGAUGAAACUUCUCCAGAGAUGGGUAAAAACAACUACCGAGCGAUGAAGGGAGACAUCUUGAAACUCGUGAACGACUUUGGCCUGUUUGGCAGCGGUAACGAGUAUCAAUGUUUCCACAACUCGAUGCAGCAGCUGGGCGACGUUGACGUCGUCAUCAACCACGUCCUCUCCAUUUCAUCCUUUGGGCGGCGUUCGGAAGAGGAAAAAGAGCUGGUGAGGC